AGAUAUCGCACAUCCGCUCAAAUAACGUCAUAACUCGAUAAAAUGUCAAAUGACUUUAAUUGUACCAUUCGUAUCAGAAUAACACAUACUUCAUGCUCAUAAAUCGUCAUAGACGUAGUUCAAUUAUUUGUCCCUAGAUGGCACUUGUGACGUUCUAUUGUUUACCGAAAGUUGUGCCGCGGCGAACAUAAACAGUGUCAUGUUACGACUUGCGCGAGGUGGUCAUACGGGCGUUGUUCAGUAAAAGUGAAUUGUGUCGAAUCAAGACAGUCUUUGUAAACGAGGUGUUAUUCGGUUUGGCGGUGUCACUUGUAACUAUGUCCAGAUCCAGAAAAAUAUUGUCAUUAUGUCUGGAACCCAAUGACCAUCAUAACACAGUAACUGAUGACUUGUCUAUUGUGGCGGAAGAUACGCAACCAAAAGAUGUAGAAGAAAAUUGUGACACGUCAAAUAAAGAGAAUACAUAUCAUAUAAAUGAACCUACUACACACAUUCCCAACUUACAGGUAGAAUGUAAUAGAAUAGAGAAUGAAGACUGUAAUUUGCAAGAACCCGAAUCUACGGGUGAAGAAACAGACGAUUCUGUUAAAGAUCGUGAUUAUAAAUUGUCUUCCAAAAAGCGUAGCAAGAAUUUAGUAGUUUCUCGUCAGCGAUCAUCUAGUACUUCAUCUACAAAUUCCUCUUCGUCUAGUUCAUCCUCAUCUAGUUCAUCUUCAUCUAGUUCAUCCUCUUCUGAUACUCCUUCGUCUAAUAGAAAUUCUCCAACAUCUACCUCUGUACUAUUGUCACUUAAUAAACAAACAAAUCAAGACAACAAUGAAUGCUUGCCUUCAACUUCCAAAGAAAUUAACUUAAAUAGUAUUCAUUCUCCAAUACCAAACGAGACCGUAGUACAGGGAAAUUUCAAUACACGUAAGAGACGCCGUGGAGAGGCACAAUGGAAGCAGAAUAUAACAAAAGUUUUACGAAACUCUGGAUUACCCUAUCAAACGAAGUCCGGACGAAAUAUUUCUAAGAAACAAAUGAAACCAAGUUGUGGAGAAGGUUGUAGACUUAAAUGCAGCUAUUUUCUUACCGAUGAAAUAAGAAUUCAAAUCUUUGAUUCUUAUUGGGCUUUGAAAGAUUUAGAGAAACAGAGACUAUUCAUUCACAAACACAUACAACAGAUAGAGAUAAAGUUUCGGUCUACCAAAGCACAGAAAAAUCGAAAAAUCAACUAUGCAUUUUACUUUGAGGUUGAAGGUUCAUUAAAAAGGGUUUGCAAAACAAUGUUUAAAAAUACAUUGGAUAUUAAUGAUAGAACAAUUAGAACUGUAACAGAGAAAUCUACUGGAGGAUUUUUGAAAGAAGAUGAAAGAGGGAAACACGGUAAACAUUAUACUGUAGGUGACACUAUAAAAAAUGAUAUAAGAAAUCAUAUAAAACGUAUACCGAAAAUUGAAAGUCAUUAUUUAAGAGCACAAACAACACGAGAAUACAUUGAUGGAGGAAAGACUAUAUCUGACUUACAUAGAGAUUAUGUGAAUGAAUGUAAACAAGAUGGACGCAACUUUGGAAACUACGUAAUGUACAGUCGUAUUUUUAACGGUGAAUUUAAUUUAGGAUUUUUUGUGCCAAAAAAAGACAGAUGUGAAUUAUGUGUAGCUUAUGAAAAUGCAGUUCCCGAAAGUAAACUGUUGCUCAAAAAAAAAUAUGAUGAACAUUUAGUGGACAAGGUUUUAUCCAGGGAAGAAAAAAAGCGAGAUAAAAUAGCCCUAAAAGAAAACAAAAACCUGAUUGUAUCUGUAUACGAUUUACAAGCAGUUUUACAGGUACCUCGUGGUGAUGUUUCUGUUUUUUAUUAUAAGAGCAAAUUAAAUAAUAUGAACUUUACGAUAAGCAAAUUGAAAGCAGAAGAAUCGGGAAAAAAGAAAAAAAGGCAACAGACUGAAGACGAUAGUUACAAUGGAGACACUAUUGUAAAUAACAGUAUUACCGAUUGUUAUUUUUGGCACGAGGGUCAGGGUAAUCGGGGUUCAGAUGAGAUUGGUAGCUGUUUGCUUAAAUAUUAUAUAGAAAAAGAAUUGCAUGAUUACGAGGGUGACCAACUAGCUGAUAUAGUUUUUUAUUCGGAUAACUGUUGCGGCCAAAACAAAAAUAAGUUUAUUGUUGGAUUGUACAUGUAUGCAAUAUUGAAGUUUAGUAAUUUAAAUUCUAUUACUCAUAAAUUUUUGAUAGCCGGACAUACGCAAAACGAAGGUGAUGCCAUACAUUCGGUAAUCGAAAAGCAAAUAAAACGUUCCUUGAAAACUGGUCCAAUUUACGUGCCAAGUCAGUACGUACAAAUAAUUAAAGAGGCUAAGAAAACUGGGGAACCACUAAGAGUUAAUGAACUAUCACACACCGAUUUUAUUAAUUUAAAAAGAUUAGUUAGUGAUCUAGGUAUUACUACUUUAAAUAAGCUAAAGAUUUCUGAAGUUAAAAUGAUGAUGAUUACCAAAGCCGCACCAAAUAUUUUAAAGUACAAAACGUCGUACACUGACAUUGAAUGGUCUGAAACUAAUUUACUUUCUCGAAAUAAAAAAAUAAUAGUUCCUGAUCUAAAGCAAGUUUAUGCUGCUAAAAUAGAGAUUAAGGAACGGAAAAAGAAUGACUUAAUGACAUUACUUCUUAACAACCACAUUCCUAGUUUUUAUGCCAACUUUUAUAAUAGUUUAUAAGUUUAAUUAUUUUUUAUUACACUGUCUACUCUCGUGUUAUUGCACAGCUGAUUGUUAUAAGUACUUAAAGUAUUUUAUUUUGAUAGAAGUUCAUUUUUAGACUUACUGUUACAAAUUGUGAUUUUAAAUAAGUAUUGAAAU